CUAUUAGGGGCAAAAUUGCUCGCAAGUCACAAGGUAGGUAGUCCAAUCUGGAGAAAGACACGAAAGCAAUGUAAGAAUUCUCUAAUUUUAGUAGAGUCGAGGAAUAUUUAAAAAAGAGGAAAAUUCGGACAUGGAACCAAAUUUCAUCGGAGCGAAGGGACAUUUGAAGUUACAGACGAAGAAGACAAGAGGCUUAUUUUGUUUGUCUAGAUGCGAGAAUCAAUGGGAGUGUGGAAGGCAAAAGAUUCUUUAAACAUUUUCAGGAGCGGCUGCGUCGAAUGAAUCGCAUUAUGUAACAUUAGGAAUGAAAUGGGUCACAUGUAUUACGUGAGUUUCCGAAGGCAAUGUUAGGAUGGAAGGGAGUACAUUCGCUGAGGUGGGUUUGGAAGGUUAUGCGAUUUGGUGGUAUGAGAUUAAAUUUUAGGAUCUGCGGCAAAGAAACAAUUCUGUUUGGGGAUGUACUUGGGUAAUAUGUGUUGUGUGAGUAGCUGAAGAUAAUAAAAGCGGAAUGGAAGGAAGUGUAAUGGAUGGAGCAAUGUUGUCUGGAAGUCCUUCAAUGGCUGAUCCCUUGCAACUGCAGCAUUUUUCUCGUCAGGCCCGGCCUUUUGGUGGUAGUCCUAUGCAGCUUCUGCCCCAUAUGGCCACUGCAGGUGGACAGGAUACUACACAUAUGCAUCCGCAACAACAGCAGCAGCAGCAGCAACAACAGCAUCAUCAUUGUUUUGGCCAUGAUGUCAAGAGUCUGGGCAGAAACUCUAAUAGGUGUAAACCCUCUCAGAGCGAGGAGGAUGAGCCGAGUUUUACAGAGGAUGGGACGGAUGGUUCCAAGGGCGGUAAGAAGGAGAAAGAUACCUCUCCCUGGCAUCGCAUGAAGUGGACUGAUGAGAUGGUCAGGAUUCUCAUCACUGCUGUCUUGUGGGUGGGAGAGGAGGGCGACUGUACACACGAGGGUAAUGUUAAUAGUAAGAGGAAAUCUGGGAUUUUGCAGAAGAAGGGCAAGUGGAAGUCAGUGUCUAAGUUGAUGAAUAGCAAGGGGCAUCCUGUUUCUCCCCAGCAAUGUGAGGAUAAGUUCAAUGAUCUCAAUAAGAGGUACAAGAGGCUGAAUGAUGUCCUUGGCAGGGGAACUGCUUGUGAGGUAGUUGAGAACCCUUCCCUUCUUGAUAAGAUGGGUCAUCUCUCUGACAAGGCCAAGGACGAUGUGAGGAAAAUCUUGAGUUCUAAGCAUCUCUUUUAUAGGGAGAUGUGUGCAUACCAUAAUGGGAAUAGAAUUCAUUUGGAAUCUGAUCAUGGGAUGCAGCAUCCCGGUAUGAUGAUGAUGCAUCAUAGUGCAAGAACGAGAGACGGACACGAGUUGUUUAGGCCUACGAUUGAGGACACAAGUGGUGGAUGUGGUGGUGGCGGGGAGGAGAAUGAGGAGGAGGAUAUAAAGGAGGAGGAGGAAGAUGAUGAAGAUGACGACGACGAUGAUAAUGAGAAUGAAGGAGAUCCAGAGAUGGAGGUUGGAAUGGAAGAAAGCUUGAAAAGGCCGAGGAUGAAUGCAAAUUGGGAUGAUAUGAAUUUGUGGUCAUCACCUGGAUCUCAGGAAUUUGGAAGGCCCAAUGUCCAAGACAAUUUCAACCAGGAACUUAUGGGUGUGUUGCAGGAUCCCACUAAAGCAGAAUGGCAGAAGAGACAAUGGAUGAAGACUCGAACUAUGCAAUUGGAAGAACAGAAAGUGAUGAUUCAAGCUGAUGCAUUUGAACUGGAGAAACAACGGAUGAAGUGGAAGAAAUUUAGAAGUAGGAAGGAUAGAGAAUUGGACAAGCUUAAGUUGGAGAAUGAAAGGAUGAAACUAGAAAAUGAGCGAAUGGCAUUGCAAUUGAAGGAGAAGGAAUUGGAAUUAGAGUUCAAAAGAUCUGAAGCAUCUAUGCCAUCUGUCACCCUUAAGAUGGACAGGUUUCGUGGAAUGGAGCAGCAUGAUAUGGUUAGAGGAGAGUCGAUGCAGUGAAUCAUAGAAGAUACAAAAUACCGAUUUUAUGAAGUUCUCAAUCUUUGGAUAAGGCAGAGGUUUGUUACAUGUUGUCAGCACCCCUGUAUUGCUGAGCACAUGCAGGUAUGCCUAAAGCAUUAAGCACCUCUAUUGAAUAGGUUUUUCUAUGAAUUUGUUGAUAAAAACUACUGUAAAUGAGACCAUUGUGAGCCCACAAAUGGUUGAGAUAAAUCAAGGAUGCAGCUGAAUAACUAGGAGGCAAAAUAUAUUAGGACAGAUGUGCAUGAAACUUAGAGAUGAAGAAAAUUGAUUUUGUGUAGGCUUCAGUAAUUUAGCCAGGGUGGACAGUAAUCAUAGGAGUUUUGCCAUGUUUGGAAAAAAGAACCUAUUAUAGUUUAUUUGAAUGCACUUUGUAAAUUAUAUACAGCACAGCUUUUGGUUUUGUUGAUGAGUAGCAAGUUCAAGUUGCUAUGUUUAAGGAUAUGAAUUGAUAAGAUUGUGAACAACAACAUGGAUUGCUGGUUGGCCUCUUAACACUUAAAAUUCCUGUUAUGGUUUCAUCUGUGAAGUAUUUAAAUCAUCCCAAAUAAGUGCCGUUCUGUUCGUAAUAUCUGAAUAAAAAGGAACGAAUUUAUCAA